AUGGUACGUGGUAAAAAGAUUGGCUUAGGCGAGUUCUUGGGUGACCAAGCAGCAGCUUACAUUCCUGAGGCAGCAUUACCCUCCGGUCCACGUGCUCGUGCCGAUGAUGAGGAUGGAAAUUAUCGUGGAGGCCGUGGCGGCGACCGUUUCGGUGGAGAUCGAUAUGCAGAGCGCGAGCAGUCGCGCAGCGAUCAAUCCGACCAAUGGCGGGGAGAUCGUGGUGGACGUGGAGGAGAAAAUGAACGUGGAGGAGGUAGUGAUCGUUUUGGACGUAAUGAGGCAAGUGGUUGGAAUUGGCGCGGUGGUGGUGAUCGCUUGAGCGGCCCUUCGCGCUAUGACCGUCCGUUGCGCGAUGAUUUUCAAGCUGAGGAGCGACCGGCGCACAUGCGUUUAAACCUUGCACGACGUGGUGAAAGCUCGAGUGAAGCACGUAAUAAUAGCGGUGGUGAUAAAUGGUCAGGCGCCUUUGGUGGAGGCAGUAGCGGUCGCUUUGGACGCGACGAUCGAGGUGGAGACCGCUUUGGACGUGACGAUCGCGAUGCCGACCGGUUUGGGCGUGAAGAUCGGGGUGGAGACCGGUUUGAUGGUGGAAGUCGUGCAACUGGACGGUUUGCUCGAAGUGCAGAUGAUGACGUCUCGUCGUCGAUUUCAAAUAUGCGCGUAAGCGCCCCGCAGGAACAAACACCAUCAGUGCAAAUACCGGACAAGAAAGUGCGUGCACAGCAGAAACGUGAGGAGCGCAAGAAAAGAGCUGAGGAGGAACGAUUGGCUGCUGAGGAGGCCAAGCGCGUGGCUGCUAAGGAGAAACAGCAGGCAGAGGAGGUUGCGGCUAAGAAGGCUGACAUCGAUCGAGAGACAAUGAAGCAAGUUCUUGCUAGCGGCAAGAAGGGCGAGGAACUGGCGGCUAUUGCUAAGGACAUCUUUGCUAAGAAUGGACGUCCGUGCGGUGCUGUACUCUUUGAAGCCGUGACGGCGGUGGCAGAAGACGUUGCCAAGUCGAGCGCUAACUGGAUUGCCAUGCCCGCGUACGGUGAAUUGCUAAAGCUCGGAAUGGAAGAGUCGGACAAGAAGAAUCAAAUAGAGGCAUUGUACGCCUUGCAGGUCUUCCUGAAUACGUACGACUUUCCCAAGGGUUUGCUCGAGAAAUGUUUUAUGGCACUGUACAGUCUUGACAUCAUUGAUGAAUCUGGUUUCUUUGAAUACAAGUAUGAUGUGGACCGAGACGUUCCUGGUCGUAUGAAGGCUAUUGUUCAGACUUCGACGUGGCUCACGUGGCUUGAGACGCCAGAAGAGGAAAGCGAUGAGGGGGACGAGGAAUAG